AGCCUGGAAGUCUACAGGAGAUAUGCUAAAUCAUUUUAGAAAUGAGCAAACCUAAAAAUAAGUCAUUUGAGUUAUGAAGGGACGACCUUAAGGCAAUCAGAGAGUUCCUCAGCAUGGGAGGAGAUCUUAGAGACCUAAUCUCCAGUAAACUUUCCUAUAAGUAAAACCAAAAAGCUUGAAGAUGAGUACAAGAGAAAAGCUAAUUCUGCUUUCAAGGAAAUUUUUAGAGAUUCUUCAAAUAUUAAGCAUAAGCCGAAAGGAGGCAGCAAGUACAUGUUCUUGUACGAGCAGACCUGCAAACAAGUUGAAGCUCUAAAGAGAGCCUUAUAAAUGGGUCCCAGCAUCGAAAUGAAAUCCUAGAGGAUGAAAUUAACAAACUCCGCCUCAAAGAGGCUGAAUAUAAUUCGCAAAACAAAGAUAAUGAGAUCAGUGAGAUUUAUAAAUAAUACUGAGAAUAUCAUUCAGCAGGAGGUUUCUAAAUAUGAACAAAAGUUUCACAUGAAGGAAGAGGAGUGAGCCAGGCUUAAGCAGAUCCUCUAUACAAAAGAAGACAUUAUCCGGAAAAUCUCUGUAGCAUAUGAACAGUCCAAAGCUGAUGAAGACUCUUUCCAAGACCAACUCGAUCACUAUAAGUCUCAAAUCUCGGAGCUUGAAAAGAUGACCCCAGAUGCACUUAUGGCAGAGAAUAUGAACCUUAAAGAGCAGAACAAGCAAUUAAUAAUUACCUUAAUUGAUUAUUUCACAAAACCUAGAUCUAGAAAGAGGUCAAAACGCAAGAAAAAUACAUUUAGUGGCACAUUGAUGAACAUAAAUAAACUCAGGAAAUCAGCACAAGAGCAUUCUCGGAGACGACUUAGCCGAAGAAAAAAGGGAUCCCAAAGAAAGAGCAGUUCUAAAUAAGCGAUCUCACAAAGACAGGGUCAAUCUGAGUCAUCUAAACCACAGGAACCAAUUCAUAGACCUCCCUGACACAAAACGCACUCCCCUCAACUCCAUCAAAAACAUGUCCAAAAAGAGAAUCCUCAUGAAAACCUACAAAUAACCCUUCCUCCACCACUUACCAAAGCUACGACCCCUGCCUCCUUAACAGCACCAUGAACCAAGAAAUCCUGCACUCAGGGUUCUCCAAAAGUCCCAAAAAUCUUCAAAAUCCCCUCCAGGCGCAUCACCACAGUGUAAAGACCCCUCAGGACCCCCAAUCCACUCCUUUCUCCCUUCCUUCAAAACCUAGGGCCACAACCACCCACUUAUCCCACCCCCCGCUCCGAAGAGAAGCCCAAAUUCCUACUUAGACACAGUAGUGAGAGUUAAUGGAUUUGAGCAUGAGUAGUUGGACUUGGGAUAUAAGUUUUAACAAUUUUCAA